CAUGUCACUACAUGUUGGUUGACUCAGCCAUUUCUCAUGCUGCUUUGUUUCUUGCGGUGGCCACUUAACCCCAAAGAAUGAAGGGAGGAUCCACAGUGAAAGUGCCUGAGUUUCUCUACAAGACGAGAUGCUGUCGAAACCAAACAUCUUUUCCUUUGCUCUAUGGGAACAUUUUAGGGUUUGUUUUGCACAGCUGGUUUCCAGACUAGAAGAUUAACAAGUUUGGGUCCACCCCUAAGAAUCAGUGGCUGUCUUUUAAGCUAGAGCAAACCAAAACUAGGAGGAAGAAGAAAAUAAUAAAGGCAAGAGCAAAACUCAACAAAGGACAAAAACAACUGAUGAAAUUAACAAAAGCAAAAGUCAACAGAACUGAUAAUUCCCCAAUUUAAUCCAGGAAAAAAAUGAGAAUAUAAAUUACCUACGUCAGGAAGGAUCUAACAAGAGAAUAUUAUGAACUUUACGCAAAAAAAAUUUCAACAAUGUAGAGGAAAUGGAUACUUCCUCAAAAAAUACAAUUAACCCAAACAUCUAUAGCUAAUGUUAUACUUAAUAGUGAAAUAUUGAAAGUUCCCCCUAAAAUUGGGAUCAAGGCAAGGAUAUCCACUGCAACUACCUCUAUUUUAUGUUAUAGUGGAGGUCCUAGCCUUUGCCAUAAAGCAAAAAGAAUAAAAGACAAAAACUUGCAAAGGAAGAAGCAAAAUUAUCUCUAUUUGCAUAUGAUGUAAUUGUUUACAAAAAAGUCUAAAGCAAUCUAAAACAACUGUUAGAACUAAUAAGUGAAUUUAACAGGGUUUCAAGAUAUAAGGUAAAUAUACAAAAACAAUUGUAUUCCUGUAUACUAGCAGCAAACAACUGAAAACUAACCAGAACUUUAAUUUAUAAUUGUAUUAUAAAAUAAAAUAUUCAGGGCUGGGCACAGUGGCUCAUGCCUAUAAUCCCAGCACUUUGGGACCCUGAAGCAGGCAGAUCAACUGAGAUCAGGAGUUCGAGAUUGGCCUGGCCAACAUGGUGAAACUGCAUCUCUACUAAAAAUACAAAAAUUAGCUGGGCAUGGUGGUGGGCACCUGUUAUUCCAGCUACUCAGGAGGCUAAGGCAGAAGAAUUGCUUGAACCCAGGAGACAGAGGUUGCAAUGAGCCAAGAUUGCACCACUGGACUCCCACCUGGGUGACAGAGCAAGACUCCAUCUCAAAAACAAAAUAAAAUAUUCAGGAACAAAUGUAGUCAAAGACAUGCAAGACUACUCUACUGAUAACUAUAAAACAUUAUUGAGAGAAAUUAAGGCAUUUAAAAUAAAUGGAAACAUGCCAAUUCUACCCAAACUGAUCAUAGAUUCAAUGUAAUCCAGUGAUAAUAAUCCCAGUCUUUUUUAAUUGACAAGCUUGUUAUAAAAUUUAUAUGGAUUUUCAAAGACUCUAGGAUAGCUAAGGCAUUUUGAAAAAGAACAACAAAUUUGGAGUAUGUAUAUCACCUGACUGCAAGACUUACCAUAAAGAUUAAUCAAGAAAGUGUGGUACUGGCUUAAGGAUCAAGAUACAGAUUUAUGGAACAGAAUACAGCCCAGAAAUAGGAUGGCACUUACAGGGCCAUUUGAUUUUUCAAAAGAGGCACCAAAAUAGGGAAGAAGGUCCUUUCAACAAAUAAAACUGUAAUAAUCUGAUGUUCAUAUUGGAAAAAAAUAAACUGGGUCCCUCUUCACACCACACACAAAAGUCAACUGUAAAUGAAUCUGUCUCACCCAUCACCAGAUUCACAGCUGAGGAACCUAUAACAAAAGACAGGCUAACAAGAGAAAAGCAUACAAAUGUAUUUAAGUUUUAUGUGACACAGGAGCCUUCAGAAAUGAAGACCCGGAACCAUCCCAGUAACCCUACCACCGCUGGUCUUCGCUGGACACCAUGAAUCACACUGUCCAAACCUUCUUCUCUCCUGUCAACAGCGGCCAGCCCCCCAACUAUGAGAUGCUCAAGGAGGAGCACGAGGUGGCUGUGCUGGGGGCGCCCCACAACCCUGCUCCUCCGACGUCCACCGUGAUCCACAUCCGCAGCGAGACCUCCGUGCCCGACCAUGUCGUCUGGUCCCUGUUCAACACCCUCUUCAUGAACCCCUGCUGCCUGGGCUUCAUAGCAUUCGCCUACUCCGUGAAGUCUAGGGACAGGAAGAUGGUUGGCGACGUGACCGGGGCCCAGGCCUAUGCCUCCACCGCCAAGUGCCUGAACAUCUGGGCCCUGAUUCUGGGCAUCCUCAUGACCAUUCUGCUCAUCGUCAUCCCAGUGUUGAUCUUCCAGGCCUACGGAUAGAUCAGGAGGCAUCACUGAGGCCAGGAGCUCUGCCCAUGACCUGUAUCCCACGUACUCCACCUUCCAUUCCUCGCCCUGCCCCCGGAGCCGAGUCCUGUAUCAGCCCUUUAUCCUCACACGCUUUUCUACAAUGGCAUUCAAUAAAGUGCACGUGUUUCUGGUGAAAAAAAAAAAAAAAGAAA